UAUUAUUUGGUUUUGUAAAAACGCUUUAGCGUCACGAAAGAUAGUGGAGCCUAACAGCAGUAGCUCCACUGACUGCCGUCCUCGUAAAGUCGUACAGGCGUUUGCUUUGGCCAGUCCUGUUUCAGGAAGCUAUCCCGUGGGGGAGACGUAGUGUCCCGCACUGCAAUCCGGGAGGGGACUACCCUGGGGAGGGUGUUAUAGCAGCCCCGGGGGGAGAGGAAGGUGCACCGCGCGUGCCUCUCGCGUGGAAGGAACAGCUGCUAUGUCGGAAGGAGUCCUUGAGUGAAGCCCCCCGUUGUGUGUCGUUGAACUGGCAUUCGAGCGACUCGGCGCUGGGUGGAGACCCUUGAUCCCAUCAGAAGAACCACGUUGCCCGAGGGUGCCAACUGAAACGCGUCUGCCGGCGGGCGUUUCAGUAGUGAUGUGCCGCGAGGAGCUCCGUGUGUUGGCCGAGAACGAGGAGCGACGUGGCGCAGAUAAGGAGGAGAAAGAGAAUACAACGACAGGACAGUUUGGAAGUCCGAUUCUUUGUCAGUGCAGGAGAAGUGAACCUUGGAGCUGAGAUUGCUGAGUGACGGACUUGGCCUUGCAAAUCUCCCAGUGGCUUCAGACGAGCGAUGGGCCAGAAUGAAUGAACACAUUUUGGCUCCACUUUUAAAGCCAUUUCCAUCUGUUAUCGGUGCACUGCACAGACGUUGAGCCAAGAAUACAGUUUUAAGACUUGGACGUCAGCAAGAAAACGUUUUUUUUUUUUUUCUUUCUUUCAUGGUUUGUGGGAUUGGUUUGCCGGAAUAUUAGCAACUAAAACUUUCUGCUGAUUAAAUAAACCUUUGAGAGAGGCCUGCUUCAUUUCUCGAAACAAUGGUGAAAAGUCGUAAAAUCUAAAAAAAAAAAAAUUAGAUGUAAAUUUGCCAAGAUUGAGGCCCGUUCCUGCAUGUUGUUGAAAAUGCUUAUCAUGCUGCACCAGCCGAGGAGGAGGACUUGUAAUGUUUAAUGAGUGAGUAAUGAAAGUGGAUGGCUGACUGUUUUGAACUUCUCACCUCUGCUUGGGUAAUCGGAUUUCACCUUUUAUAUAAGUGAACUGCAGCAGCUUAUCCUCAAACCUGACACAAGCGUACUUUGUUUUUUUGGGGUCUCUGAUGAUUUUUUUUUUUUUUUUUACGCCCCAGACAUUGAAUUGAGUUUGCUUAGUUGGGGUCCGCACGUUUUCCAGAAGACGCCUUUGGAAACUCGGAACAUUCAUUUGAAGGAUUAAGAGAUGCGCCAGGUCCACAUUGUGAAGGCCGUGCCAAAAGACACAAAUGCACACGUUUUGCAGACCUCCCUGACGGCAGUUUGUCCUUUUUGGGUGGACUUCUUGUGCCCCUGUCAUUCCCGUUUUGCAGCCCUCCAUUAUUUCUGACAGAAUCGAGUAUUUUGAGCACUACAUUAUUUUGUUUUUUUUUUUUCUGAAUGAAUCUGUUUUGAAUGCUGAUUGUGUUGCAGCUUUUUUUUGGGGGAAAGAAAAAAAAAAAUUCCAUGACUGUAGAAAAUUGCAGAAGAGGAGGAAAAAUGUAAACAUGUGAGGGGGCUGGGAUGGUGGGAGGUCUGGCCAAGUAAGCAUUCCUGUUGGAUCACAUUUUGUGGGCAUUGGCUAAUUUUACCGCAGUGGCGCAUUGAGGGUUUUUUUUUUUGUUUUUUCUGCUCCUCACUUUUUCGUUUUUUUUUUUUUUUUAAUACUUUUAAUACAUCUUUAUUAUGCCAAAGAAACUUCUAGAAGGCUCGCAGCUGUUGAACGAUCCUGAAAUUCUGUGUGGAAAAGCGUAAAGUUCCAGUUGGGGACGACUUUAGAAGGCCAAACCUGCUUGUUGUUGUUGUCAGUGCCUUCCUUUCCCUGCACAUGUGCUUCAAGUGAAGGCCAAGUGAUGGGUAGUGCUCCGGGGCCUGGCAAGGGUCUGGGCUGUGUACCCUGGCGGGUGAGGAAACUGAAAGCCAGUGCCCAUGUCCCCCUCUCUACGCACACCAUCUAUCACGAGAAGCAGCGCCGAGAACUCUGUGCCUUGCACGCUCUCAACAACGUCUUCCAGGAUGGAGCUGCAUUCAGCCGAGAAGCCCUGCAGGACAUCUUUCAGAGGUUGUCACCGAACACCAUGGUGACGCCUCACAAGAAAAGCAUGCUGGGAAAUGGGAAUUAUGAUGUGAACGUGAUUAUGGCAGCCCUACAGACGCGAGGCUACGAGGCGGUGUGGUGGGACAAAAGAAGGGAUGUCAGCACUAUCUCCUUGCCUAAUGUUAUGGGCUUCAUUCUCAACGUCCCCUCAAACCUGUGCUGGGGUCCACUGCGUCUUCCUCUGAAGCGGCAGCACUGGAUCGGUGUACGGGAGGUCGGGGGAGUGUUCUACAAUCUUGACUCCAAACUGAGCAGCCCACAACACAUCGGCGCAGAAGAUGAACUCAGGAAGUUCCUACGGCACCAACUGCGAGGUAAAAACUGUGAGCUCUUACUGGUGGUUCCAGAAGAGGUGGAGGCUCAGCAGACUUGGAGGACAGACGUGUCGUGAAGAGCCGAACAGAGCAGAGCGCCGCUCCUGACAGCCAUAUCCUGACUUUUUGAAUUCUUUUUCUUUUUAAGAUCCAAGUGGUCUAGCAGCAUUGCUCUUGACUUUAUAUAUUGUGGAACAGAAGGUAAAAAGUUUUCAUUUUAGGCAGAAACCUGGAGGUCGUGGAAAGCCAUUAGUAUGGAUUCUCUGCUUAAUGUCCAUAUAUAUAUAUAUAUAUAUAUAUAUAUAUAUAUAUAUAUGGACAGUAUUUUUGUUAUUGCCAUUUACUCUCCUGUUGGAUGUGGAGAAGGGAGGAGGCAAAAAAAAUCAACUACCUGGAUUUCCUUUCCUAAUAUUUCUUAUUUGUACACAUCUUUUUUUUAUAUUCCUUUUUGCUUCAGUUUAUCGAUGGAACAAACGCCUUGAAGAUGUUUGACCCGCUGUGAGCUGCUCCGUGUUUUUCUCUUUGGUGUCCAUCCUGAUACAUCAAGUGAAUUUUUACUGUUUUGUGGAUUGUACACUAAUGUGUUUUCUGCUGGG